AUGGCCCUCGCGGCCACGGUCGUCAGCGCCGUCACGCCCCUCGAGAUCCAGGGAGCGGAUUUUGUCAACCCCAAGACCGGUAACAAGUUCCAGAUUGUCGGCAUGGCCUACCAACCCGGGGGCAGCGCUGGCUACGACCCCGAGACUGGAAAGGACCCCCUCAGCCACAAGGACCAGUGUAUGCGAGAUGCCGCCCUCAUGCAGAUCCUCGGAAUCAACGCUAUCCGUGUCUACAACCUGGAUCCCGAUAUCAACCACGACGAGUGCGCCAGUAUCUUCAAUGCUGCUGGCAUGUACAUGAUGAUUGAUGUCAACUCUCCCCUUGUCGGAGAGUCUCUCACUUCUGACAAGCCCUGGGAGAGCUACUACAUGCAGUACCUAAACCGUACGUUCGCCAUUGCGGAGGCUUUCAGCAACUACCCCAACACCCUCCUGUACUUUUCUGGCAACGAGGUCAUCAACAACAUCGCGACGGCUGAGUUCGUCCCCCAGUAUCUCCGUGCCGUCACCCGUGACCUCAAGAACUACAUCAAGAACAACAUCGAACGUCAGAUUCCCGUCGGCUACUCCGCCGCCGAUGUUCGUGAGGUCCUCUGGGACACCUGGAACUACAUGCAAUGCUCCGAGGAUGGCGACAAGGAUGACAUGAGCCGUGCUGACAUUUUUGCCCUCAACUCCUACAGUUGGUGCGGUCCUGAUGCCACAUACGAGACCUCUUCUUUCGAUGUCCUGACUGCAGGCUUCGAGUCGUCGUCUGUGCCCGUCUUUUUUAGCGAAUACGGAUGCAACACGCCUAAGCCCCGUUACUGGAAUGAGACCCAGGCCAUGUACGGUGAGAAGAUGACGCCCGUUUUCUCUGGGGGCGUUGUUUACGAGUACACUGAGGAGGACAACAACUACGGCCUGGUUCAGAUCAAGGACGACACUCUCCAGAUCCUGGGCGAUUUCAACCGCCUCAAGAACCAGUUCGCUAAGAUUAACUGGGAGGAUGUUCAGUCCCAAGCCCCCAGUAAGGAUACCCCUAAGGUCCCGACUUGCAAGACCAGCCUGAUCAAGGAGGACGGCUUCGACACCAACUUCACUCUCCCUGUUGUCCCUCCCAAUGGUACCCAGAAGAUCAUCACCAACGGCCUCAAGCCUAAGCCCAAGGGAAAGAUCGUUGACAUCUCGGACUGGGACGUCACUCUCACUGUCAAGGAUGCUGACGGCAAUGAGAUGACUGGCCUCAAGGUCGUUCCCCUCAAGGAUGACGAGGUUAACCACGCCGGCAAGAACGAGGCGGACACUGGCAGUGAGACCACGGCGAAUUCGACCGAUUCGUCAUCAUCUGACAACAGCACCAGCGACAGCUCGGAUGAUGCCAAGGACUCUGCUGGUCUUAUCCGACCGAUGAUGUGGGCGGUUGCGGUUCCCCUGGCCGCAAUGAUGUUUGCUUUGUAA